CCCAUUGCGUUACCUUCAAAUUAUAUCUAACUAUUUCCGUAUCAACAAUCGGAAGUGGGAAAAUACCAGUCCCUUCCGGCAAGUGGGCUCCAAAUGAUAUCAGAUAGCACUUGAAAUCAAGGGCUUGCAUACAGUGCUCCUCCGUGUUCGAUCAUGUUGCUGCUUCUGGUUGCAUCACUUUUGCCGCUAGUCCAGCUCUGCUCGCUGCCUCCAAACACGCCGUUCUACACCCCAACACAGCGAACAAUCCUCGCACCGCUCGUAGUCCAAGCACGAGUGUUGAAUGUCUCUUCCACAGCUCGCAGAUUUGGUGAAUACGAAGCAUGCAUACGAACUCUACGCAUCUUCAAGGACACAACUAAGCGCUUUCUACCGCGCGAGUUCUGCGUUGGUAAAUUCGGACCAGAAGAGUUAUGUCUGAGUAAUGUGUAUCCCAAUGUAGAUUAUGUGUUUUUUUUGAACGAGGACCGAACUGCUCGUUAUGAUGGCUUCCCUCUGGCUGUGUUGUCAGCUGAUAUGUCGACGCUAACCAUGGUGAAUAGAGGCCAUUGCCUGCCGAGAAGCGACUACCCCCGAGCUUGCGAGCGCCCGAGAAUUGAUCGCGCCAAGUUUAAAAGAACCAAACAAAUGCAGGAGGGUGAAAGCGCUGAGUUAUCUUGCCCAGUCCUUGGUACCGGUCCAUUCGUCGUUCGCUGGCAGAAACGCGGCGAUUUCCCUUCAUGGCGGCUCAACAUUCAAGGGAACUCCCUGGAGCUUCUCGACGUGAGUGCAAGUGACGCGGGCUCGUACAUUUGCCAAGUGUCCGGCCCAGCAGGCGAAAUAACCGCUACAGUUAAAGUGACAGUUUUUCCCAAACCUUGUGGAGAUUUUUUCGUCCUGAAAAAGGAUGGGAACGUAACGAUCACCAGCCCCAGGUAUCCGAGUUAUUACCCUCGUGAUAAGAUGUGCACGUGGCGAAUCUGCCCCGCCCGAAGACAGAGGCUUGAGUUUUCCUUCAAAGCCUUCAACCUACGAAGACGUGACCGUCUUGAGAUACACAAUGAAUGCGACAGUUUAGUUACGAAUAGGGGACGUUCCUAUUGUUCCUCUACAAGCCCCGGCGUCGUUGUGUCCCAGUGUCACUCCCGGUGUGUUCAAAUAGGAUUUAUCUCAGCUGCAACUUUCGAACGUAACUACGAGGCGAGAGGCUUCCAAGCGCUUGUUACAUCUACCAACAAAGACAGCACUUUGUUUGAUUACAAGAAACUUUACUGCGAGAACGACUUACUUGUGCGGUUUCAACCGACCGAGAUUCAAAUCAGCCAGAACACAGGAAACGUUUUGAAUAACUACAAGAGCGAUUCGCCAAAAAUUGGUGACAAGAUAACUAUUUACGACUCGUACCCCUUCAAGGGAUUGUUCGGCUGCGAUGUGGAGCUUCGUUAUAGCAUGCAGUACUUUAUCGGCGCUAAGCGCGAGAGAGGCCAGUACCGACUGACCUUCGCCAUGCUCACUGGCAGCUUAGACAAUCCUAUUAACUUCGAGAAUAACUUGAACAAUUUCCUGCGUCAGCCGCCUACUUGUCGUUAGAUAGGACAAAUACGACAAUAUAACAUUUUUUUAUUAACAAAUGGAUUGGCGAGGUAGUGCAGAUUUUACAUCAACUUACCUAGGCCGUAACGGGCAUUGGAAAGCCGGGGGAACGAUACAAGGGACAUUAAAAAAGCAAACUGGGGAGAGGGGGGGGGGGGGGGGGGGCAGCCACGCCUCAUUUCCUUAUAUUAAAAAUUCAGAGAAAACUGUGGGUGGGGCACGUCCCCCCUUGCUCCUAUAGGACUAACAACACUCGCAAGGGAUAUAAGGGGCUCCAAGGAUGGAUGUGAGUGUAGGAACAAUAUGACUCAAGUUAUCUGAGUUCUUCUUAUCAGGGUUUCACCGUAUAAAACUGUGACGGGUGCAACCAAAAUUUCAAAGUGUGAGAGUCUAUUAGCAUAAAAUUACAGGGCGCAUUCUAUCCCUAAACACUAUAUAACCUGGCCUCAUAUCACCUACAAAUCGCCUUUGUUGUUAUUGUUGUUGUUAUUUGUUGUUAUUUGUUAGAGCAAAUAAUGAUAAUCCCCUUCGUAAUGCUCUGUAAAUAAAGACGUUGUUAGAUGAAAUAACUUCUAUAGUAUAGAAACUUUUUUAUUUUUAUAGAAUACAAAAUUUCAUAUAAUUUUUUUUAGUUUAUAGGCGUUCCAGCCAAAAACGUAAGCAAUGGAACGUAAAAGGUGUUCGUUUUUAUUCUUUAAUUAAACUCUUUGCAUCGGGAUUUUGGAAGAAUCCUGGCCUUUCUUUUCCGUAGUUAACCAAUGGUAAAAUACGUAAAAAGCAAUGACACUAGUAGGGCGGGUAGUACUGUUGCCAAGGUAGCAAUAGACAGUGUCUCCAUCAUGCUGGCUGGAACAAUAGCAGAUGAUUGCCCCUACUUAUGAUUUUUAUAUUAUCCAGUAUUUUUAUAUAUACUUUAUUACACUUAAUUUUCGUCAAAAAUUCGCGAUUUUGAGAUGACGAUAUGGCGACCCUUUAUUUUCGUGUUUCGCUAUUUUCGAUUUUGCGAUUUGAAGACAAGAAAAUCAAGUAAAAUAAUCAUAUGAAGAAAACGUUGUCGUUUUUGGGGUCUGGUACCGGGGAAACUUAGUUUCUUUUCAGGGACCUUCUCAACUAACUAAAGAUGGUCACAGUAACUGUAUUUUUCUUCUGGUUACAAGUCAUUAAGUUUGCGAAGCCCCUGGGGGUACGCUCACCUCAAAAAUUACAAGAACCAUGCAGAUUUUCCAAAUAAGAAAUAUAUUAGUUUCCUUAUAAGGAAGUGACCGCGUUUGUCAAAAACGACAAUUUUCAAUUUUCUUGAUAUGCAAAACUCUAACAAAAACAUAUGCGAUGGCUAAGCUUAGUUCCACAAAUUUAUUUAAAUACAAUGUAUUUCCAUAAAGCUUAUUAAAAAACAUUUUACACAAA